UGAUACACACACAAACACUGUCAAAAAAUUUCUUUUUGCUAAAUGGUGGAAUCGUUUUAAUAUGCUUUCUGACAAAAAAAUCUAUUUUUCAUUGUGUGUUUUCAACGAAUGUCGCAAAUAAAUCCUGUAAAAUGCACCAUAGAGAACAGAUAAUUAGUUCAAAUAUAACUACUGAUAUCUUCAUCGAUACGAUGAGCUGCAUCCAGUAAUCUGUGAUGAUUGUGGACCGUACACACAAUUUAGUCGACAAAAAAUUAUGGAUUUGCAAAAUGCCUCUGAAUUAAUGGAGCCCAGUUUCGAACAAUUUAACAUCUUGCUGAGAAAUUCCAAUUCCAAUCUUGGCCUCAUCGCUGUUGAUACCAAUUCGUCACAAGUCCAUCAACUAGUCAGCACCAACAGUUUCGAACUAAACACUGGCACAUCAAUUAGCGAAAAUUCCGAUUCCGGACUGGCUCACACGAAUAGUUCCAUUUCAAGUGGUGACUCGAUUCGAAUUGGUCUGUGCAAAUUUGAGUUUGAGCUGGCCGAAAGUGAUGGCGAAGUGUCUCAGUUUGAUUCAUUGGACAAUUGUUCCGAUGGUGGAAUGAGUGCGGAAAAUUUUAACACAUUGAAAAAGGGUCCUCUAGCACCCAUUGAUCCACCGCCUGAAUUUCAGGAUUCACCACAAACGACACUGUUGCGCUCACCGGCCCUACAGACGUAUGCCCUAAAACUGUCGAAAAACCUCAUAACCACCGCACUGAAGCUAUUUUCCUCCGAUAACGAAAAGAAAAAAUCGAAAACCGUUCGAGUAAAAUCAGUGAACAACACCAGUCACCGUCAUGACUGCAUUGCCCGACCGUAUGCGCGACCUUAUGAAUUGUAUGCUAGUGAUUCCGGACUGAAUAUUCAUCCAACCAUCGAUAACAUUUACGAUAUUCCGAAUGCCGAUUCGGAGGAGUCAAUCGAAUGCGCCAAAUUGGACACGAAUUCAGCCCGGCCUUAUCAACAGAAACACAAAGACUUCAGCAGCCAGAAGGGCAUAUUGUCACGUGCAUGCGAGAUCUACGACUACGAUGUGUAUUAUAAUGGAAAGGCAAAAGCCAGUAAUCAGGUGGAUACGUUUCAUCGGCGCAAGACGCCCGUAUUGUACAGUCCGUUACAUUACCAUCCGGGUAGUAGUUUAUCGAAUGCAAAUAGGCCAAACUCAAGGAAUUCACUUAAUAGUCGACUGUCUAGCUCACACAAUUCACUCACCGUACCAACAACAAACAAAGCCGACGAUUCAAUAUUCAUCACACAAGCAAUGUCGCAUGACGCUUUGAUAUCGGACUUUUACAAUGUUCCGAUUGACUCGGAUAUCUACGCUCUGCCCAUUGAUGUUAUUAAGCCGGAGCUUCGGGAACAACGAUCAAAUGGCUACAAAAACCUGCGUGGAAAAUUAAAGUACGUGCGGAACAAUAAGAAACGAAGGAAACCCAAUUCGAAUGACGGCCUAACCAGUGAAAAAUGUGGCAAUCGAUCCAAAACGAACAGCAAAUGUAGUGAUAAACGACACAGCGUUCCUGAAAAUACAAUCGAACCAAUGCACAUGACAUUGGAUGAAGUGAAACGUUUCUAUCACAGUCUGUAUUCCAGUUCCAGUGAUUCCAGUGAUGCGGCGACGAAAAAAUGUGCAAUACACAACAAGAAGAAUGUGAAGAACAACAACAUCGCCAAAACAGUGGAUAAGCAUUUCGUGCACCAGAACAAUAACAACAACAACAACACGCUGACGGCCGUCAACAAGGCGACUAAAGUACCGAUCAAUUUGAAGACCAAAAAAAUAUCAACCAAAGGUGAUUGCGGCGGGGCAGGUCAAAAAUAUGGAUCAAACAGCACCGGAAAGAAGUCCCAAUUUUCGAUCAAUUUAAAUUUGAAGCAAAAGUUCUGCAGCAUUUUUCGAUUUCGAAAGCCGCAUUCGAAUGGUGGUCAACAGAGUGACUAUAACGAAUACGAUGCUAGUCGAUUGACAACAGACGUUAGUUGUACCGAUAUAAAUGGGAAGCAAGAUAAGCGGGUCAAGUUUUUAACACGGGCAUUGCCGCCGUUACCGGGAAAGGGACAAUCCAAUGAGACUGAGCAAGAUGAACACAAGGAAGAGAAACGGGCCGAAGAAAAUACGAUGGACUUUGCAGCGAACAUUGAGAAAGUCAAAGAGUAUGGCUGGUACUGGGGUCCAAUUUCCAGUGAAUCUGCUGAAAAAAUUCUAUCCAACGAACCGGACGGUAGUUUCAUUGUUCGAGAUAGUUCGGAUGAUCACUACAUAUUCUCGUUAACAUUUAAACUGAAUAACACUGUGCGACACGUCCGCAUCGAACAAGAUCAAGGAACAUUUUCGUUCGGAUCAUGUGCUAAAUUCAAAUCGCAUACAAUCAUGGAAUUUAUUGAAAAUGCUGUGGAGAGUUCGAGGAGUGGAAGAUAUUUGUUCUUCUUCCAUCGACGACCGGAGCACGGACCGAUGAGAGUGCAGCUUACGAAUCCAGUUUCCAGAUUCAAGCAUAUACAAAGCUUACAACACAUGUGCAGGUUCGUCAUUCGUAAAGCAGUCGUUCGGAAAGAUUUAAUUCAAACUCUUCCAUUGCCGCGAAGAUUACUCGAUUACAUCAGUUACAAGAAUUGCUAUUCGGAACAGGUGGAAUGUGAUAGUUCACCAUCACCGACAUCAGACAAUGAAAUUAAAUCGUGAAAACAAUGAAUGUUGUAAGAAAAUUCAAUUCAUUUAAUUUGUACGCGCGUAAUUGUGUGUGUGUUUUCUCCACAUCCCCCAAAAAAUACACAGAUGUGUAUGUUAAACCUGAUGGCUAUAAUAAAACAAAAUGUGUGCGGGGGUAUGGCGAUCAAAACAAAAUGCCUAUAUGAGCUAUAGCAUUUACAUAUUAGUUUCUAUAUUUAUAACAAUUAUUGUUCGUUAUUGUGAUUUGUUUCAAAGGUUUUUAAUUAACACGAAGAAAAUAAAAUGAAAGUAAAGUAAAAAAAAACAUUUAUUUUUACCUCUAUUGGGUGGCCCCGAGAUACGGACUACCCAGAGAGCAAUCAAAUAUUUAAUUAUUUAAAAAUAAAUAAGAGAAGAAGAAAAAAAAAUACAGAAAACAAUUAUACCAAGUAAGUCGGAACGUAGUGAAAGCUACUGAAAAUAAAAAUUUAAGGCAAAAAAAUCUGAGUAAUUCUAGUUAAAUUGGCAAACAAAGUAAAAAACAACAACACUUACAAUGCCUUAAGUGCAUGUAAAAAAUUAUUAUUUUUUAAAUUAAGUUCCAAUCAAUGCAAUUGAAAAAAAAUUGAAAAAAAAAUCGAGAUGAUAUUAAUUGUAACGCACGGUCUGAGUGCAAUUGAAUUGUUCUUUUAUUUUGAUAUUUUGUAUUUAAGAGACUUGCGGGUGCUAAAUUAUCUAAAGAAACAUAAAAUGAAAAGUGUACGAAUUUUUAGGAAUUUUUAGAAUCAAAAUUGUCUAUAUAUUUAUACCGUACGAAAUAUUGGUGCAAUUGAAAUACUUACUACGACGGAGUGAAGAUGAACAAAG